AUGUCGCCCGACGGCCCCAACAGCAGUAGCAACAACAACAGCAGCAGCAGUAAUAUCCGAGUCUUUGUGCGCUGGCACGAGCAGGUCGUCUUCGCUGGCGAGGAGGUCAAGUGCACCAUCACGUUCAAAAACGUCGCCCGUCCACCAGGCAGCAACAACUGCAACGGCAGCAGCAACAACCAUGUCUCAACACCGCCGAGUAGUCUGAAGCCCUUUUCGCAGCGGGAGCGGCUGCGCCAACCUUCCCCUUUACACCCCCGCGCAUCAUCAUCAUCGGGUGGGAGGUCGAAGCACAGUUCUAGCAGCAGUCUCGCGCCGCCGUCGGCUGCUGCUGCCGGGGGCAGGGGCCAUCACAGGUCGAGUCUCUCGCUUUCCGUCCCGUCUGCGGCUUCCCGAGCGAGGGCGGGUUCGAUUCAGAGUCCGACUCCGUGGACGCCCGCGACGCCGAACUCACCUGCGCUUUCGGCGAGGGGUGGUGUUGGUGGUGGUAAUGGUGGAGGCGUGUCAUCGCCGUCUGGAUCGGGGACGCAGAGGAAUGGGCAUGGGCAUAAGCGGUCUGUGUCGAUUGUUUCGAUUGGGUCGUCGGUGAGCACGAUUGGGGGUGGUGGGGAUGAUGGGCAGAGUGUUGCUGGCUCUGCGAGCUCUAAGCGGUCGGGGAGAGGUCAUACUAGAGCUUCGAGUCUCCAGAUUCUGCCGAGGGGUGGGUUGUUCAAUGGGCCGCGGUCUGCAACUACGCCGAGACUAACAGCUUCGCAAUCUUCGCCUUUAUUUCACGCGUCAUACCCACCCGAACGAAGCAUGAAUGGGCGGCGCUCGGGUGGCUCAACUGCGCCUGGGACACCGAGGGUCGGAGGUUCGAAGAUUUCGCCCACGUCAGAGCCGCCGAAUCCGCUGGCAGAGUUUAGGUUCCCUGCGGCAGCUUCACCGGCUACGCCGAUAACACCUGGGAUGCCGCCAACGCCGGGCCCGGGACGCUCAGAGGAUGACUUGCUUAGCCCGAGUGGAGCGACGGCUGGGUUCCUGAACAAUCUGCCUAUACGUCAGCGAGACCAGGUUCCGACGAUUCACGAGCACGGAGCCACGCUGCCGGCAAGGGUUUUGUCGACUACGAGUAUAGCGGGAACACCCAGAAGCAGUGGCGAGUUUUAUUCGAUGAGUAACAACUCAUCCGAGACGUUGGCCUCCGAGUAUGUGCUACAUCAGCCGCUUAGGACGCAGCCGCGCCCGCCCCAUAGCAGGAGGACGUCAAAUCUGGUGCCUACUGCGGUGAGGCCGCCGGAAUCUCUGAUGAUGGGGUAUGCGCAGGUGCAAGGGUCAUUUACGCUGGAUGGAUCGCUCGUGAAUCUCGCGCCGUUUGAAGCGGUGAAGCGGAAGGCGGUAGUUGGUGGGCACGGGGGUGGUGUUAUUGGGUUGGAAACGAACACCAAGCGGGACAGCGGUCUGCUGAGGAGCUUUGGAUGGGGGAGUAUCACCAGCUCGAUUGGAGAACUGCUAGGCGGCGGCGAGCUCAGCACGAUUAAGGAAAUGCGAGGGCUCGCGGGCUCCAAGGCGGUGCCCCUUUUGUCAACACCACAGUCAAUCCUGUUUGUUGAUUUACAGCUGGGACCCGGGGAGAGCAUGGCUUAUGAGUACACGUUCAAGCUCCCCAAGGGAUUGCCACCAACCCACCGAGGGAAAGCCAUGAAAAUCUCCUACAGCCUGGUGAUUGGCACCCAACGGCCUGGAGGUGCGAAAGAGCAACAAGUCAAAUCAGUCGACAUCCCAUUCCGCGUCCUAGGGAGUGUGAACAGCCACGGCGAGAUUCUGGGGCACGACCUCAUGUCUCCGUAUAUCAUCCUGCGAGACCAGGCGGUCGUACAACCGGCCAGCAUGGAGUCGUCAUCCUCUUCUCAGCUGAUGGUCUCCAAACCAAAACCCUCACCCCCCACAACAGGUCCAGCAUCAACCAUGGCCUCGUUUUUGUCCUACGUGGACGAGCUGCUCACCAAAUCCCACGACAACCCCACUGCCGGGCUGUUAUCCCCAACAGCGAUGCCCACCUCGCGGCGUCCAUCGACGUACUCGAUGUCGGACGCCGGUUUCGGCGGGCUACCACCCCCGACAGCGAAAGAAGCCAUCGACCUUGCCAUCCUCCGCUCCAACCUGACCACCUCCCCGGGCCAACAGUCGACCAACCGGUUCGAGAUUGCGCGCAACGGCCGCCGCGUGGGGGUGGUCAUGCUUGCCCGACCGGCCUACCGGUUGGGAGAGAUUGUGACGCUGGUGAUUGAUUUUAGUAAUGCGGAGAUACCCUGCUACGCGGUCCACGCGGCGCUGGAGACGUCGGAGAAGAUUCUCGAUCCGGGGCUCGCGCUGAGGAGCGAGGCGAGUGUUUAUAGAGUGACAAGAAAGGUGUGGGUGAGCCAGAGCGAGGCGGCCAUGUACGGACGGAGGGUGGUGUUUCAGCCGACGAUACCGGUGAGUGCGACGCCGGAGUUUGAGACGACGGGGAUUGGGCUGGGGUGGAGGGUUAGGUUGGAGUUUGUGGUGCCUGUUGAUUUGGAGCCGCAGCUUGGCAGCAAUAACAACAACCGGCAGCAAGAACAGCAGAAGGGGGGGUUGGGGGAUGUGGAAGAGGAGGAGGAGGUGGUGGAGGAGGAGGAGGAAGGGGAAGGGGAUAGGUUGAGAGGGAGAGGAGAGGAAGGGGUGGGGUUGGGGUUGAGCGGGGUGAAUACUGGUGGGAAUGGAGGGCAGGUGGUGAAGAGUAAGGGACAUCCGUUGCUCGAGGAGAUUAGCAGGGAUGAUAGAGGGGGUUUGGUGAUGGUGGCGGUGGAGAAUUUGACGUGUGAGAGCUUUGAGGUGGCGGUGCCGUUGAGGGUAUAUGGGGCUGUUUGUAAUGGGUUGGAGAGGUUGGAGAGGGAUGAGGCGUUGGAGGAGGGGUUGGUUGUUUAG